AUGAAGCAAGAGGAGAAGACAGUUGCGGAGUUCAGUUCUGCAACUGAAAAAAAAAAAAAAAAAAAAACUCAGAUUCCCAACCUAGACAAUGCUCCGCUCAAUCUCACAUCCCUCAGGGAACAGUCUCUGAGGGAGCUCGUAAACAUCCUCAAGAAUAUUCGAGGAAAGAAGUGUUUGGUCAUUGAUCAGAAGCUCAGCGGCUCUCUCUCGUCGAUCAUCCAGACUUCGAUCCUCAAGGAACAUGGAAUUGAGUUGCGGCAUCUUUCAGCUGAUCCCAUUCAAACCGACUGUUCCAAGCUGGUUUACCUUGUCCGUUCAGAGCUUACGUUGAUGACAUUAAUUAGUUCGCAUAUUCAUAAUGAUACAUCAAAAGGACUGCAUAGAGAAUACUAUGUUUAUUUUGUCCCUCGCCGUGCAGUUGGGUGUGAGAAGAUUCUUGAAGAGGAAAAGGUCUAUCACUUGUUGACUAUAGGGGAGUAUCCGUUAUACAUUGUUCCUUUGGACGAGGAUGUUUUGUCAUUUGAACUUGAUCUUUCUUGCAAGGAAUGCCUAGUUGAUGGUGAUACGAGCUCUCUUUGGCAUAUUGCAAACGCGAUUCACAGGCUUGAGUUUUCUUUUGGGGUGAUACCAAAUGUGAGGGCUAAAGGCAAAGGAUCAGUGCGUGUGGCUGACAUUCUAAACCGUAUGCAAGCUGAGGAACCGGUUAACUCACCUGAUAUGGUUGUGCCAGAGAUUAGUACUCUCAUCCUUUUAGAUAGGGAGGUAGACUUGGUAACUCCCAUGUGUUCUCAAUUAACAUAUGAAGGGCUUCUUGAUGAGUUUCUGCAUAUCAACAAUGGUGCUGUCGAGCUAGAUGCUUCUUUCAUGGGUGCGGCCCAACAAGAGGGAAAGAAGAUGAAAGUUCCACUUAAUUCAAGUGACAAGCUGUUUAAAGAGUUACGGGAUCUCAACUUUGAAGUUGUUGGCCAGAUUCUACGUCAAAAAGCACAAUCAAUGAAGCAGGACUACACCGAUGUGACUAGCAAUAACCAGACAGUUUCUGAAUUGAAGGACUUUGUUAAAAAACUGAACUCGUUGCCAGAAAUGACUAGGCACAUAAAUCUUGCUCAGCAUCUGUCAACGUUCACGUCAAAGACAUCAUUUCUUGGACAACUUGACAUGGAACACACAAUUAUUGAGGGUCAAAGUUAUGACAUAUGCUUUGAGCAUAUUGAAGAAAUGAUCCAUAAGCAGGAGCCUCUUGUGAACGUCCUACGUGUUCUCAUAUUGUUUUCUAUUACAAAUUCUGGGUUGCCCAAAAAGCAUUUCGACUAUUUAAGGAGAGAACUAAUCCAUAGUUAUGGAUUCGAGCACAUGGUUACACUGAAUAAUUUAGAGAAAGCUGGAUUGCUUAAAAAACAGGAGACGAAAAGCAACUGGCUGACAGUUAAACGUGCCCUGCAACUUGUAGUUGAGGACACUGACACUGCAAAUCCCAAUGAUAUUUCCUAUGUGUUUUCUGGAUAUGCACCUCUUAGCAUUCGCCUCAUCCAGCAUGCUGUUCGAUCUGGAUGGCGUCCUAUUGAAGAGAUUCUGAGGCUUUUACCCGGACCACAUUCAGAACUAAAGAGAGGCAGAUUCUCAAGCAGCCCGUCGUUAGACACUUUGCAGGGGCAUUCGGCCAAUGUAAACAAGGUAUCUGAUGGAAGGCGUUCUCUAGUACUUGUUGUCUUCGUUGGAGGUGUAACGUUUGCGGAGAUCUCUGCUCUUCGAUUUCUCAGUGCUCAGGAAGGGAUGGCAUAUGAUUUGAUAAUUGGGACCACGAAAAUCGCCAACGGCCGUAGCUUGAUUGAAACAUUUGUGGGAAGUUAGGCUGUCAUGUAAAAUUUUGUAGAUCAAAUAAGAUUGGAUGUGAUGAAACAUGAUCUAUCUUAGCACUAACCAUUUACGAAUAAGCCUCUUUUAUUGAAAGACCCACUCUGCGAUUCCUCAUAGGGCUUCUUUGUGCUUUUAAAAUGGCUGAAAGCGCUUUUAGAGAAGUUGUUUUUAGGUUCCCAAAGCACUUUAAGUGCUUUCUGCAAGAAGCACCCGUUAUGAGCUUCUUCUGGGAAGCACUUUAAGUGCUUUUCCAGGAUUUACUUGCAUUUUUAUUAAGAAUUGGUUCCAAAAACAUUUUCACCAAAAGCGCUUUCAAUCAUUUUAAAAGCACAUCCAAACGAGCUCUUGAUCAACGGGAAGUGAUUCGAACUUAAAACUUUUCCUGUUACUAAUAUAAUGUAUUUAUAUUCUCAACUUGUGUUCUUCCUGCUGUUUUUCUAAUACAUUUAACUAUUCACUCAAAGAAAAAAAUGGAUUUCUGUUUAAAUAAUAGAUGAAGAGUGUUUGAGAAGCAUGAAACAUGUAAGUUUACAAACCUACCGUUUUUGACCUGGAAAAAGAGCAUGUAUAAAAUAAAACAAGAGAGAUUGUGUCGCAUCCGAAUUUUUUAUCCAAACGUUGCGAGUGCAUAAAACGUGGAAUUCUGGAACUUGUGAAAAUCGCUAUCUGAAACAGAAAACCCGGUCAACUAUAUUUGGAAAAGCCGGCCAUGUUGAAUCGUAGAAAAAUCAAGAAUUUUCCUGCCUU